CGUGGUAAAAGUACCGUCUCCCUCCGAGCGCACGAGGGAGUAGAGAGAUCACGAGGGUUUUACUCCCAAAUUUGGCUCCUUUUUCCCUCCUCUCUCUCUCUCUCUUUCUCUCUCUCUCCUCUUCUCCCUCCCCUCCCACUCCACGAAGCUUCGAUUUGCACCUCUCCGAAUCCAGCCAACUAGGUAUUCGAUCGAAGCGCUUAUAGUUGCUGCUCCGUACAGUAGGUUUUGCUCAAAUUCGGUAGUGGAUCGAUGGGUUUCUCAGUAUACGAGGCUUCUUGGGGAAAUAGGUUGUUCGGUUCUUCAAUUCGAGGGGAAAUUGGAGUAGUCGUGUGUUAAAGGUGGGGUUUAGGUAUUUGUGGCUGUGUUUGUGAUAUGGGGAGGAGUAAUGCGUACGAGGAGGAGGAGAUUGCGGAGGAUUUUUGCUUUGUUUGCAAGGAUGGGGGGCUUCUUCGUGCUUGUGAUUACAAGAAUUGUCUGAAAGCUUAUCAUCCUCAAUGUGUUGGAAGGGAUCCUACUUUCCUUGAGACAGAUGAGCAAUGGACCUGUGGUUGGCACUCGUGUUCUAUCUGCAAAAAGAGCUCAUCUGUUCAAUGUUUUUGUUGUCCGAACUCUGUAUGUCACACAUGCAUUAGAGAAGCUGGGUUUGUACAAGUGAAGAAAAAGAAUAGGGCCCUCUGCAGUAAUUGUUUAAGGCUGGCAAUGUCAAUAGAGGGGGAUGUUCAAGUCGGUUCAGAUGGGUGUAAUGUUGUGGUAGAAGAAGCAGAAACAUACAAAAUUUUGUUCAUGGAUUAUUGGGAAAUAAUCAAAGACAAGGAAGGUCUAUCAUUGGUUGAUCUUCAAGCAGCUAAUGCUCUUCUUCGAAGGGGCCUUAAUUAUAAGGAUGGGUCUGAUUCAGAUAAGCUUAUGGCUGAAGAUGAUGAGUUGGAAAAUAAUAAUUUUGACAACAAGAUGUCAUUGCUUGCAGAUUUGGGUGAGCUGAAAUAUAAAGCAAAAACUUCAAUAAAACGACCUAGGUCAAAGAAGAAAAACUAUGUAGGUUGGGGUUCAGAAGAGUUGAUAGGUUUUCUUUCUUCUAUUGGUAAGGAUACCACAACCCCUCUAACCCAAUUGGAUUGCUGUGAAAUUGUAAAGGAAUACAUCCAAGCAAACAAUCUUUCUCAUCCCGAUAAAAAGAAAAAGAAUGCAGUAUGUGACGAGAAGUUGCAUUUUCUAUUUAAAAAGAAAAAAGUGAAGCUCCAUAAGAUCUACAGCUUGCUGGAAAGCCACUUCGCCAGCAAUGGUGAUUCAGAUGAAGAGUUUUCAUUUAGUUCGGAUGAAGGUGAAAACUCAGUCCUAAAAAAGAAGAGGAUUUUGGGUCCUGGAUCCAAAAAGGUCCAAAAUCCAGGUCUGAAUCACGACAUUAAUAAAGUUCUGCAAAAGGAUAAAUGCUAUGCCUCUAUUGUUGCAGAUAAUAUCAAGCUAUUAUACUUGAAAAAGUCCUUAGUUGUAAAUCUUCUAAGGUACCUGGAAACCUUUGAGAAAAAAGUUAUGGGCUGUUUCGUGAGGGUCAAGACUGAUCCUAAAGAUUUCUACAACGUGCCACAAAAAUCAUACCAGCUUGGGCAAGUAGUGGGUAUUAAGAAAGCUUUAGAGCCAUACAAGGUUGGUGACUCGAGCACAGAUGUUGUUCUAUGUGUCUCCAAUAUGUGGAAGGACGUUCAGAUAUCUAAGCUGUCAGAGGAUGAUUUUGAGGAGGAAGAAUGUGAAGAACUUCGUGAACUUGUCAAGAGAGGUCUCUUUAGAAGGUCUACUGUGGCAGAGUUUGAGGAAAAAGUGAGAAGUGUACACGAUGAUAUAACUAAUCAUUGGAUUGAUAGAGAACUUCUGAAGUUAGAUAGACUGAUAGAUCGAGCAAAUGAGAAGGGUUGGCGCAGAGAGCUAUACGAGUACAUUGAUAAGAGAGAGCUACUUAGAACACCAGCUGAGAGACAACGUCUCUUUAAAGAGAUUCCACCAGUCAUUGUGGACGAGGAAGAUACAAAAGAUACUACCGGCUUAGUAGAAAAUUCUCAUGGAGAAGAUAAAGGGAGUGGAGUUUCUCUUCAAGAAAAUGGUGCCGCAGAAAAACACGAAGAAGGCCAACGAUGUGACUCUACGGAAUUCGCGCAGAACGGCGUCAAAGAUCACUCUACCUUAGUCCGUGAACACAAAGACGAGCGGACUUGCAACACCAAUGGAGAAGCACAACUUACUGAUCAAAGAAGCUUGCUGCACGAUUCUGGAAAACUCGAAGAGAAGAAUGUCACUAGGAUCCACGAACACAAAGAAGACCAGAGCAGUAAGGAACACGGCAAAACACAAAGUAUUAUCGAUCUUGACGGGGAUGACGAAUGCGCGAAUACUGCCGAACAAGGCGAGAGAUCGCCAAGAGAAGUAUUUUCUGCGAGUGAUUUCAUAUGGCACUAUGUCGAUCCUCGCGGAUUUGUACAAGGACCUUUUCCAUUGAUCUCGCUACGUCGCUGGAGAGAGAACGGUUUCUUCGACGACGAUUUUAGAGUGUGGAGAGUCGGUCAAUCCAGGGAGAAUUCCAUUUUACUGAUCGAUGCUCUUCGUUUAACUUCAUAAUGAUUCAAGAGGGCGACAAGUAAAUUGUUUCUAUUUUCAGCGAGGAAGGGAAGCUUACUUGAGCUCGUGGUUUAUUGCAAUCAUAAGCCCAAUUGCAUCGAAAAGUCAAGGUCUCUUUUCUUCUUUCUCUUUUGUCAGCUAAAGGCAUCAGAAUUGUUAAUUUUAAGACAAUUAAUUCUGCUCAGACAAUUUUAGUUUGUCAUAAAUAAUCAAGGUCAUCAGCAAAUUUGCUCUGGCAGUGCAGGUGAAUACUCUUUAGAAACACAUGAACAGUGUUUGCUUCUAACUCCUCAACCCUUGAUGAAUGUCUAAGUUUUCCUA